AUGCUGUCGACACCACCGCCUUCACCCCAGUUCCCACAAAGCCCGGAGCCAACCCGACCGUCCUUGUCGACCAUCGAGGCACUCAUCGCUGUGACCCUGCGCCUGUUCUCCCACUUCUACAGCUCGGGCUCCGACGCCUCCCUUCCGCCCUCGCCCAAUGUGCGCCGUAAAAUGCAUGCCAAGUUUCUCGAGGAAGAUCUGACGGCCUUUCGCUGCGAGGAUGGCAGCGAAACUGACAGCUCCCUGAGUCACGACGCCAUCAUGACUUCGGUCCUCCUCGAGAACCCCGAACGCGAAACGCGGUGGUACUUUCGCUACUUUCUGGGCAAGGACCACGCCAACCUGGCCGCCACCAUCGUGGGCCCCGAAGGCCCCGAAGUCGUUCUCCUCUCUGUUCUGCAAGACAUUGAGGACAACCACGUCAAGACAAUCUUGUGGCGCGCGUCUGGCAGUGAGCACAUGACCUUUACCAUCGACAAAGUCGUCAAGAGUUCACGACAGUUUGACUUUAAGACCAUCUUUAGUGGCUUUGAUGUUGCCCUGGCCGACCGACCCAUCGAGGAGCUUUUGGAUCCCAACGUGCAGCAACGUCUCCUCAUUCUCGAGGAGCAGGAAGGUGCCGUCAACUUUAAAAUUGGCAUCCUUUACGCUUUGCCUGGACAAGAGACGGAUGAUGACAUGUUCAGCAAUGAGCACGGAUCGCCGGCCUUCAAUGAGUUUUGCUCGCUGCUUGGCGACAAGGUCGAACUCGAAGGCUGGGCCAAUUUUCGCGGAGGGCUCGACGUCAAAGCUGGCUCCACCGGCACUCAUAGCCACCACACCACAGAGUUUGGCAAGGAGAUCAUGUUCCACGUCUCCACCCUGCUUCCUUACAGCAGCGGCAACCGUCAACAGCUGGAACGCAAACGUCAUCUGGGCAAUGAUAUCUGUAACAUUGUUUUUGUCGACGGCGAGUUUACCGGCUUUGAUCCCACCAAGAUCAAGUCUCAGUUUAAUCACGUCUUUGCCGUUGUGAGCCGCAACCCAAAGGAUGAAACGUAUACCGUCCGGAUGUACAUCAAGCAGAGCGUAGCUCAGUUUGGCCCCGCACUGCCCAAUCCUCCUUCCUUCAAAGACCCAAAGCAGUUGCGGCGUUUUCUGCUUGUCAAGCUUCUCAACGGCGAAAAGGCUGCGCUAGCUGCCAAGCAAGCCACGUUUGCCAAGAAGCGUGCACGCACCCUGCAGGCGCUCAUUGAGAGCAUUUAUGCCGAUGCCAAGUCAGCCGGCCUCGUCGCGAACAUCACCAGCUCGCGCACGGGGCGCUCCAAGCGCAUCUCAAAGCCCGUCACAGAUUUUCGUGCCAAGGGCCAAGCCAUCAAAGUUGAUAAAAUUCGCUCCGGUGCGGCCCCCACCAGUACGCUGAGCAAUUCGGGCGAGGCCUCUGCGCUCACCGAGCCCUGGACUCCCAUUUGCAUCACCACCGAGUUUCCGCAACAACUCUUCUGCGGUGAUCAAUGGGAUGGCGACCUUCUUGUUGCCACUGAAACUGGCGUCUACCUUGUGACCAUCGGAUUGCAUCGGAGUGGAGAGCUGAACAUGGCGUGCAUCAUUGACAACAGUCUGACCGUUGCACAAAUCUCCGUGGACGAGCGCGCAGGCUUUGCCAUCUUUCGCACCAUCAAAAGCUCAGACCUGGCCGCCAGCAAUGGCAGCGGCGCGUCCACUCGCAAAAAUGCCGGUCGAGGCUCGCAGCUCUACAUUGUGCCACUUGACCACCUUGUGCAAGCCCGGCGGGACCAAGUGCCCCUGUCCAAAAAGAGCCUCAAGUCUUUUGUCCUUCCCGAGGCCCGCGGCUGCCAUCUUUUUGCCAUCAAAAUGGGGAGCUCCUCCACCACGGCCUCCUUUCUCAAGCAGAGCUGCAAGUUGGCCGUAGCUGUCGGCAAAAAAGAAUUCACCUGCAGCGAUGUGGUCAUGUCUCUGGCCGUGGGCCGAGGCCAGCCCGGUAGCUCUGGCCAGAUUUGUGUGGGAUUGGUGUCGGGAGACUAUCAGCUCUUGAAGCUUCAAGAGCCAUUCGAGGUCAACGUUCUCAUUAAUGCUGACGACUAUGCCCACCACCUCGAAUCGUACUCCUGCCAAGAAAUCGUUGAAGCAGAGGGUGACAAUACCUACGAGUACAUGUUAGGCUAUAACCGGGCCACGGCCUUUCGUGAGCACAAUGGUGCUGAAACACGCGACUUUGAAAUCCAAUGGCGCUCACAACCGCAAGCUCUCGUAUAUGUGAACCCAUACAUCUUGGCCUUUACCCGCGAUGCCAUCCAUGUUGCCACGCUCAUCAACGGCAAUCUUGUCAAGGGGCGGGCUUAUGUGCGCAAAAUGAGCAUUGACAAUUUUAGCGAUGCCGUGCGCUCUGCACGCGAAUCUGUUGCCGAACUCUACGUCAAUGAACCAGCGAGUACCGCGCCUGCCUUCAAGACCCUGGUCGAAGAAGACUAA